AGCGGUUACAAAACUGGUAGCCCGGAUACAUUAUCCGGAUAACCAAUCACAGGCCGAGUUUUUGCAUUCCUCUCGCGUCGACCACGAAGCCGUUGAUCGACGCCCGAUCAGAUCAGGACCACCUCAGCGUCGCGAUCAUGACCCACGUCCACGUCGUUGCGACGUCACUACUGACGCUGGCGUCAAUCUUGGCAGCAGCAGCGCUUCCACCAUCGCCAUCACCUGCGGCCGCAGCCGAGCCGAAUGAAGUUGCCGGCAAUGGACCCGCGACGUCGGCGUCACCACUUCUGGACGCCAGCAGCAUGACAGACGUGUGUCGCACCUUUCAUACUAGCGGUAGUUGGUGGCGGUACGAGUGGUGCCACGAAGGCCACGUCCGGCAGUACUCUGUCGACCCCACUACGGGCGACGAAUCCCAGGUGAUCUCCCUUGGUACGUACGACGCCGCCCACAGCAACCACUAUCACACAACCUCAAGCAGCACGGACAAGGAUCUGCGCGCAUACAUCUCGCAUGUGUUUCUUCACGGAGACAUGUGCAACUCGACCGACGUAGCGCGGAACCGCAGCACGGACGUGCACUUGACAUGCUGCGUAUUCCGGCCGCAGGAAACGUACAUCGAGUCCGUGGCCGAGCCUAGACUUUGCGACUACCUCGUGACCGUGUGCACCCCCAGUGCGUGCGCGUCGCCACCGCCGCCAUCGAACAUGACGCUCAAGACCAAGGAAGAGCUGGCGGCUACCGUCAAGAGCAUGUUCUAUCAUGCAUAUGACAGCUACAUGACACACGCGUUCCCUCUGGACAACCUCAAACCCAUCACUUGCCAGGGCGAGAGCUUUGAACUGGGAAAAAUCCCCAUGCUCACGCUCAUCGACACGCUCGACACACUCGUGGUGUUUGGGGACAAGGACGAGUUCCGCCGCGCCGUCGCGCUCGUGACCACGCACGCCACGUUCGACCUGGACACUGAAGUAUCGGUGUUUGAAACGACGAUUCGAGUCUUGGGUGGGCUCUUGUCGGCACAUCUGUUUGCCGUCGACCCGACACUGCAGCUGUACUCGAACACUUCCGAACCGGCGUACUCGGGGGGGCUCUUGGCUCUGGCAGCCGACCUCGGGGACCGGCUCCUGCCCGCCUUUGUCACCCCCACGGGCAUCCCGUUCGGCACGGUAAACCUCCGUCGGGGGGUUCCAAAGGGGGAGACGUCCGUGGCGUCCACCGCCGGCGCCGGAUCGCUCUCAAUCGAGUUCACCAUGUUGAGUAUCCUGACCAAGAACCCGAUCUACGCCCAGGCGGCGCGGCAGGCCGUCCGCGGCCUCUUCUUCCGGCGGUCGGCACUGGGCCUCGUGGGAAAGCACAUUGACACGGCGACUGGCGAGUGGACUGAGACGAGUAGCGGCCCCGGCUCCAACUCGGAUAGUUUCUACGAGUACCUGCUCAAGAUGUACGUGCUUUACGGGGACUCGGAAGCCCUCGACAUGUUUGAGCCCGUGUAUUCGGCCGUGAUGGAGCACAACAAGCACGGCGACUGGUACACGGACGUGUCCAUGUGGGAUGGAUGUCUGAGUAACCAGCAUCACCAAUCCUUUAUAUUUGACAAUUUGGUGGCAUUCUGGCCGGGUAUGCAGUCGCUACUAGGCGACUUUGCCUCGAGCACUCGGUCUUUGAACGCGUUUUACCAAGUGUGGCAGCAGUACUCGUUCCUCCCAGAGCAAUUUGACGUUGGGCGGUGGCGGCCGAAGAAGCAGAAUCGAAAUGGGUACCCCCUUCGUCCAGAGCUGCUCGAGUCUACCUAUUACGUCCACGUGGCCACCAACGACUCGUCGUGGCUCACAGCAGGCGCUUUGGCGGUGCAGUCCCUCGAACGAUAUGCCAAGACGACGUGCGGGUACGCGGCCAUCUCGGACGUCGAGACCCGGACGGUGGAAGACACGAUGCCGUCGUACUUUUUGUCGGAAACAUGCAAGUACUUGUACCUGCUCUUUGACGAGACCAACUUUCUGAGGAAGGCCAACUAUGUGUUUACAACCGAAGCGCAUCCGUUCCCGGUGCUUCCGUCGGCUGAAGUGACCCCGAUCCUGACGGCGUCCGACGAGACCAAGUAUGCGGUUCCUAGGACGGCUACCCACUGGAACAAGUACUUGACCUGUCCUGUGAUACAGUUCUGGGACGACGUUGGGUUUCGCCGAGCGUUUCAUGAUCGGUUUCAAAUGGCGAGACCACGAUGUACUACUAGUAGCAGUACCAAACCCAAAGCGAACAAGAAAACGACCCCCGAGGACGACAAGAUUGUGACUAAGUCGUUGUAUGGAGGGAAAACGCUCGGGUAUUUCCACGUCGAGCAGCUUCUGGGCGGGUUUCGAGUCACUCGGCGGAGUGACCGUGGCCAGUGGCUCAAGGUCACCAACCUAGGCGACCCCCACAUUAUCGUCGAGUCGCACAGUUCCAGCGAGGGGGGUGGUGGUAGUAGUACUACUACUACGUCGUCGUCGUCGUUGACCGAGUUUCGCGUGUUUGAGUUUGCCUCGCAAACCAUGCGGCGGUGUCGGCUGCAGGUCCUGGGACGGUGGGUCAGCUGCUCGGCGGCCGAGUUUGGGCUCACAAAGGACCCGUCCGUCGCAGUGUCCAUCCAGAACGCGCCCGUUUUGUAUGGGACCCCCCACCUCGGCUGCACCCCCCUCGAGUCGACCCCCCACCGGGUGGUGGUAUUACAUCGAGGCGAGUGUUUCUUUGACGAAAAAGCCAACCGUGCCACUCAAGCAGGGGCAGUGGCAGCCGUGAUCGUCAACUCUGAACCGAAUCCGUCCGCCGCCCAAGAAGAAGAGGAAAACAGUCUGAUGGUCAUGGGGCCGUCGAAAGAAGCAACGGACCAACAGCAGAAGAUUGACAUUCCCGUGGUGAUGGUUCCGUUCGCGGCGGAUGCAAUGAUAAGGGAAGCCGUGGCGAAUGGGGACACCAUCUCGUUGGAGGUGGGGGUCGUGACAGAGUUGGAGUACCCGCGGGCGGCCGGCAGCCGAUUCGACGUGGCGGUGGCUGGCCCGGAUGGGUGGGGCGUCCAUCUUGUGGCCAAGAUGCAGCCGGUAGGAACCCCGCUGUGGACCAUCUCCAUCACGGAACACGACGCACGGGGAUUGGACGUUGACGACGAAGAAGUAGAAGAAGUGGAGGAACCCCGAAACCCCGGAACCCCGAACCCCCGACAAAAAGCGAACAAAGUCGACGUGGACGAGUAUGCGACCAAGCUCAAGGGACUGGGGUUCUCGGACCAGCAGCUGGCGCGUAUGAACAGCGACGACCCGGACGACCGACUGGACGCCCUCGUGGACGGACUGCGUGCGCUGGGCCUGCACGACCUCGUGGCCAAGUUUGUAGGACGGAGCAAAGAUGUAGGAGUUGGAGAGGGCUCGACAAACCCCGAAACCCCCGCUGACUUGGCUUCUGAACUGGACGCACCCGUGUCCUUUGACCAGCCUGACGAAGGUCACGACGUGGCUCAGAGUACACGUGAGGACGCUGACGACGUCAUCGACCACGACGAUACAUGUGCCGCCGUGUGAUCCUAUUUGGAGUUCGAUUCGUGGAAGAAUAUAAUAAUACAUCGAGACAGGAUUCAGUCACACA